AUGAUUAGAAAUAUUGGAUCAAAUUUGAUGAAAUCAUCAUCAUCAAUUUUAUUAAGAAAUCAACAACAACAAACAAAUAAAUUAUUAUUUAGAAAUUUUACAUCAAUUCCAGAAGCUGUUGCAGUAACAUCAGAAGAAUCAUAUAAUUCCAAAAAUCAAUUUACACCAAUUGGUAAAGAUUCAUUUGCAGUUGUACAUAUUUCAGGUAAACAAUAUAAAGUUAUAGAAGGUGAUAUUAUUAUGACUGAUAAAAUUCAAGUUGAUGUUGGUGAACAUAUCGUUUUAGAUAAAGUUUUAUUAGUUGGUACUAAAAAUGAAACUAUAAUUGGUAAACCAAUCAUUAGUAAUUUCAAAGUUCAUGCUUAUAUUGAAGAACAAGCAAAAACCGAACAUGUAACCAUCUUUAAACAUAAACCAAGAAAGAACUAUAAAAGAACAACAGGCUUUCAAGGUUUAGCAACUUAUAUCAGAAUUGGUGGAAUCAUAAAAGGUCAAGAAACAACAACAACAACAAACUAA